AUGUUCUCAGCGCGAUUGAAAUGUGUACAAAAACUAGCAAGGAGCUUUAGACCUCAAUUACGUGCGCCGAUUAUCUCAAAUACCCCUAAAAUCCCUUCAACACGGCUUGCAUCCACUUUGGUGGCGUAUCCAGAUCCCAAGUACAUCCAAGCAGAGAAGGACGAUGGACUCGAUGUAGAAGUACUUCCUGUUGAUCAUAUGAAGUUGACGAUAACAGAUUCAGCUAGCGAUCAAUUGAAGCGAAUAUCCGAUAAGGAAGGGAAUAAAACUUUGGCGUUAAGAGUGGCCAUCGAAAGCGGUGGUUGCCACGGUUACCAGUACAAAUUGGAUUUGGUGGAUAGUCACGUCGAGAGCGCAGAGAAGGAUGAUUAUAGAUUCAGCGUUACGGACGAUCCAGAUGGUCCGGGCGUAUUGGUUGAUGCCGUUUCAUUCCAACUUCUGCGCGGCUCAACGCUUGACUUCUCAACCGAACUUAUCGGUUCUUCCUUCAAGGUGCUCGACAACCCUCAAGCACAAGGCUCUGGAUGUGGAUGUGGAGUUUCUGUGUCAUUGUAA